CUUGAUGAACCCCAAUUCCUAAUGAUGUCGAGUGUGGUACAAGUACAUUUCGAAGGCCGCCCUGUCUAGAGAAAAGAGAACACAUUGCUGUCCCUUUGUUACUGAAAUGACAUAGCGGCACCUAGGUUGCUCUACCCCUUCAUCCAUCCACCCAUCCACCCAUCGUCAAUCUCGUGUGCAACAACCAUGGCGGCAGACCCGGCAGCGGCCUACAAGGCGCGCAAGGAAGCCUUUGUAUCGAACUUGACGGGCAGCUCGCUGACAGACAUUAGCUUGGUGACUUCGGUGGCCACGCUAGCGAUUCUUCUUUGGUCAGCAUUGCAAAAGAGACAGGCUCUCUUUACACCGUACACGACGAUUGCGGGUCUGGCCGAUUUCCUACUCAAUGUCGGUGCCGUUUUAUUCUCCUUUACCGUCUACUCGUCGGCGCCCCUGGCCUUGGCCCUGUCUCUACUGUGUCCGGCAAUCUUGAUGCUACUCUUGAGCUCUCAGCCUAAUACGGCGUCAUCCAAAUCAAAGAACGACAAGAAAUCGACGGCAGUGGCAGCAACAGCAACUGGCAAGGAUGAUUCAUCGUCUCCAUCUUCAUCUUCCAUCUCUACUCAGAUGCCUGUUCGGCCGUUUCUCACUCACUACCGAGGGUCGAUGAUGAUCAGCACGUGUCUGGCAAUCCUGGCGGUGGAUUUCCCUGUGUUUCCACGACGAUUUGCCAAAGUCGAGACGUGGGGCACGUCGCUAAUGGAUCUGGGCGUGGGAUCAUUUGUGUUUUCGGCCGGGGUGGUGUCUGCACGUGCAGUGGUCAAGGCAAGGAGGCGUACGACGACCACGACGAUAGGAACUGUCGAGAAACUCACACCAGGACCUGGAUUUAUCAUUCGCCUCAUUCACGCAGCUCGACACUCAAUCCCAUUAUUGAUCCUGGGAUUCAUACGGCUCUGGAGCGUCAAGGGGCUCGACUAUGCGGAACACGUGACCGAGUAUGGUGUUCACUGGAAUUUCUUCUUCACUUUGGCCCUAUUGCCACCGUUUGUUGAGUUGGUCGAUCCUAUGGCCCGCAGAUUAUCGCAAAACUACAGCUACGACAUACUUGCCGUGGCCUUGGCCUUGGCCUAUGAAAUUGCCCUCAACAACACCGACUUGCUACGCUAUAUCCUGAUCUCACCGAGGGGCCCGGACUUGCUCUCCAAGAACCGCGAGGGUGUCUUCUCUUUGAUCGGGUAUCUGGCCAUAUUCCUCGCUGGUCGUGGAACGGGCGUCUCGAUUGUGCAAUACCAGAGAACCUCUUCGUCCUCAUCUUCAAGCCAUCAAUCCAAGACACGAGACCCAGUGAGUGCAACCGCGGCCGAACGACGGAUUGUGCUCAAGACGCUGGCGAUCCGGUCCGCCAUAUACAUAUUGCUGUUCAUCGUGUCAACGCACGUGGUACUGUUCAACCUCAAUGUGUCACGACGGCUAGCCAACUUGUCCUAUGUGCUGUGGGUGGCAUCGUUCAACGCGACCCAACUAUUGCUGUGUGGCGCGAUUGAGAGUCUGGGUCCGGCCUUCUCGUAUGAGUUCGAGUCGGAAACCGCACCUUCGGACUCGACUCUCGGUGCGUCUUCGCACGCCUCGGCAGCGAAUGCCACCAGCCGCAUUCUUCGCGCUUUCAACUCCAACGGCCUUGCGAUCUUUCUCGUCGCCAAUCUCCUCACAGGCCUUGUCAACCUCACCUGUAACACGCUCGACAUGUCCGUGUUGUCAGCAAUGGCUGUUUUAAGUCUUUAUGCCGCUGCCGUCGCCGCUGUCGCCUUCGGCCUAGAUGCUUCCGGUGUCAAGAUUCGUCUCUGAGGAUCAGACCUCUCGAGUCCUUGGUCAAUUUUCAUCGUCAUAGUGCUUGAGCCCUCCGACUGACAACGUCGUGCUACUGUAGCUUUGCUGCUGCUGUGGUCGAUUCGCUGUGCAUAUCAGUCUCAUGUCACGGCAAAGACCAAGCCUAGAGGCAAUGGACUUGUAAUUAGCUGCGAUUAUGGGUUCUCUAUCCAUCCACUAUAUCUGCGUUUAUAGGACUUGAAACUCGAAGCGAAGCAUCAAACAUGAAAGUAAUCACAGUGGCAUUUCAAUAUGUCAAUCUUAUUCAAUAUAUCGUUAUGCAUA